UGUAUUUCCUCCAGAAUUUGAAACCGCUUUUUUAUUUUACAUAAUAGUCACUACUUGCAAGCUUCUCAUCAAGACCUCGACAAUCUGAAAGGUUUUCAAAGGGAGAUUUUUGGUCACUGAAUUGAAUUUUCAGGAAGAACAAAAUGAUAUUUCAGUAUUAUCCCGACACAGUAUUUCUGAUUCAAAACAAUACGUACGAAAAAAAAUUGAUUGUGAUCUUAUAGGGACUGUAUUAUUCCUUUUGGGGUUUUUUGUUUUAUUGUCCUCCCCUACAAAAGAUGAGUCAGUCGACUCCCUCUGCCCGCGAGCUGUUUUUGUACACUCGGCUACAGAACAGUUUUGUGUCGCGCGGGCCUUAAAUUAGUAGCUUUUCUACAUUAUUUUCAAAAGAUGCUCGCUCACGGAAUCAAAACAAUAAAACGAAGAACAAGAAUUCUCAAGAAACUCUUGCCUCUAAUCAAACUUGGAUAGAAUUAAAAUCAAGAAACUUCCACGUAGUUUGAAGGGUGUAUUUGUGAUUUUAUUUCACUACUAUCGCUCUCGAACGUUUACAAGACCAAGCUCGCGCCAGUCUGAUGAAUUCGCCGAACCAGGACGAAGAUGAUGUGCCCGUUAAAGACCCGGUGAAAUACGGCGAGUUGGUCAUAUUGGGGUACAAUGGCUCUCUGCCCAGUGGAGACCGGGGGAGGAGGAAGAGCCGCUUCGCUCUGUACCGGAGGACCAAGGCCAACGGAGUCAAACCCAGCACUGUUCACAUCCUCAACACACCACACGACAGCAAGGCAGUCCACAGCAGGGGGCAGCACAGCAUCUCCUUCACUCUGUCCCGCAACCAGACAGUGGUGGUGGAGUACUGCCACGACAACGACACUGACAUGUUUCAGAUUGGGCGCUCCACAGAGUGUCCAAUAGACUUUGUCGUGAUGGACACAUCAGGAGAGGGGAAGGAGUGCGAGGACCCCUCGGUGGCCCCCAGCACCAUCUCCCGCUUCGCCUGCAGGGUGGUGUGUGAACGCAACCCCCCCUACACCGCACGCAUCUACGCUGCUGGCUUUGACUCCUCCAAAAACAUCUUUCUAGGGGAGAAAGCCACUAAGUGGAAGAACCCGGACGGCCACAUGGAUGGCUUGACCACCAACGGGGUGCUGGUGAUGCACCCUGAGGGCUUCCCUGAGGACAACAGACAGGGCCUGUGGAGGGAGAUUUCUGUUUGUGGGGACGUCUACGCCCUCCGAGAGACACGCUCUGGACCCAGCCGAGGCAAACUGGCGGAGGGAGAGAGCAGUGCCCUGCGGGAUGGUUCUCUGGUGGACCUGUGUGGAGCCACUCUGCUGUGGCGUACUGGAGAGGGCCUGCUCCACGCUCCCACCCUCCGCCACCUGGAGGCACUGCGACAGGAGCUCAACGCUGCCCGGCCACAGUGUCCUGUAGGCCUCAGUACCCUGGCAUUCCCCAGCAUGCCACGCAGCCACAGUUUUCCUUUUCUCCCCAGUCUGGAGGAGCGCCAGCCCUGGGUUUACCUCACCUGCGGACACGUGCACGGCCGCCACGACUGGGGCCAGCGCCCCGAGCGCCGGGAGGCGGGAGGAGGAGAGGGGGAAGGAGGGAUCUCCACAGUCCGCCGGGAGUGCCCUCUAUGCAGGAGCGUGGGGCCCUACGUGCCCCUGUGGCUGGGGUGUGAGCCCGCCGUGUACGUGGAUGCUGGAGCGCCUACGUACGCGUUUGUACCCUGCGGCCACGUGUGUUCAGAGAGGACAGCCAAGUACUGGGCGGAUACCCCGCUGCCCCAUGGGACCCACGCCUUCCGGCCCACCUGUCCCUUCUGCUCUGCCCCUCUCAGCAGCACCCCACAGGGCUGGACACGCCUCAUCUUCCAGGGCCCCAUCGACUAGCCAUGCCCCCACGGAUGCAUUCCACAACUACUACGCAACAGUGGAACCAACAGUCAAUAAACCAAAGGCCCAAUCCUAACUUGA